AAAAAAAAAGGCUGCGCGUGCGGGGUCGACGUCGCUGGGAGGCGAGGAGAAGCUGCGCGAGAGCAGAAAGGAAUCCAACAUGGCCGCCACCGCAGCGGGUGACUCGGGCUGCAGCGGCGCGGAUCGCAGCGAGGAGCCGCCGGCUCAGUCCCGGGAGAUCAUUAAACCCUCCAUAACGGAGCUGACCAAAGUGCGGACCAACAUCCUGUGUACGGUGCAAGGAUGCGGCAAGAUCCUCCCCAACACCCCGGCGCUCAACAUGCACCUCGUCAAGUCCCACAGAGUCAAGGAGGGUAUCGUCAACCCUACGGUACGAAAGGAUAUGAAAGGUUCACAGAAGCUCUACUGUUGUCCAAUAGAGGGCUGUCCAAGAGGACCUAACAGACCUUUCUCCCAGUUUGCACUGGUUAAGCAGCAUUUUAUGAAGAUGCACGCAGAGAAGAAGCACAAAUGUGUAAAGUGCAACAAUGGAUACAGCACAGAAUGGGACUUGAAGAGGCACGCCGAGGAUUGUGGAAGGACCUACAGUUGUACAUGCGGUUGUCCGUACGCAAGUCGAACGGCACUGUUGUCUCACAUUUACAGAACUGGUCAUGAGGUUCCCAAAGAGCAUAGGUAUCCACCCGUCAAGAAAAGAAAAAUGGAGAAACUAUCUCGCAGUGCAACAAAACAUGAGCCUAAUGGACAAACUUAUGAAAUGGAAAUCACAGAAGGAGCAAUUCCUGCUGAAGGAGCAUCCCACACUCCAGAUUUACCACAGCACAACCCCGUCCACUCUAAAAACCUCCAAAAGCUUCUCCUGCCCAUGCCUAAAGUGGCUUUGGUCAAUGUCCCUGUGAUGCAGCUGGCUCACUUGCCUGUGCUUCUCCCGCCAGCAGAGAGCGGUGCCUUGGGGUCUGUGGUCUUGACAGUGGACACGCAAGGCUCUGUAAGUACCUUGCACCUCAUGCCUCAGUCGCUUGGGGCCGUGGUACCUCCGUUAAACACUAAAAGUUUCAAAGAAACCAUGCCCAUUUCCAAAUCAAACCUGGAAGCUAUCAGUACAGGGAUCCAAGUCAAUUUAGAAAGCCCGGGCUCAGUUGAUGAACCAGUUAAUGAUUUGGGAUCGAGAAGUAAAAGCACCUCAACCAAUAUUCAAACAGAUAUCUCAUUCCUCAGUAAGGGAUCUGUCGGAGGAGUCAAUAUCGGUCUCGCAAGUGAGGCCUCGGUUUCCUCUGGUUCUCAAACUGACAUUAGCGUGAGUGCCCAGAUCCAGCUACCAGUCAGUGUGCAAACUCAAACGUUCCCCUUGAGGUCCAAAGUCACAUCCUCCAUUGGGGCACAAACUGAAACUCUCAGUCAGAUAUCUUUCCCUUCUGGUAACAAAACGAGGGAAACUCAGACAAAUUGCUCCCCAGCAGCUUCAGUAAAUAAGACCCAAAUGGACCAAGCUAUAAUGUGUGCAAAUCUUUUUGAUUCCGACAUGCUCAGCGUCUCUACGCAGACUACAGUACAUGGUGGACCUUUUGGCACCAGUGACCUUGAUCCCAUGAGCACAGAAUCCGGAUUUUUUGAAGACAAAACUGCAUCACCCUUGUGCUUUGGAGCUCAGAGAGACAUUUUACACCAAAACACGGUAGCUGACAAUCAGACUCAGACAAUGAACCUUUUCAGUGAUCUGGAGAACAUCCUUUCUGACAGCAUGGCAAGUGGAGCUCAAAGCUGUGGAUCAGGCCUGGUUCCAGUGCAAGAGCAGCACACAGGCAUCGACUUUGACAUUGAAGAUUUCCUCAAUGCUACUCAUAUUCAGACUCAGACAGACGAGAGUGCCUUGGGAGGCUUGAGUUCAGAGACACCCCUGGAGCUCCUCGACAUUGAAACGCAAACCGACUUCCUCCUGCUUGACAACCUUGGGGAUGGUCAUCAUAGUGAUGUUGGCACCAGGGUCCAAACAAGUGAUCUUGAGCUGGAGAUGUUUGACACGCAAACCCAAACAGAUUUGAACUUUCUACUUGACCCCAGUAGUCACAUGUCCUUCGGCAGCAUCCUAAGACACUCCAGCUUCAACAUGAGCACCGAGUCCUCAGACACCGAGACCCAGACAGACACCAGGGCUCCUCCUCCUCCUCCACCACCUCCUCUGCCCCUGUCUUGUUCCGGUGAUGGACAGAUCACACUUAGCAGCACUGAAACUCAGACGGUCUCCAGUUCCUCCAGCCUGGGCCACCUUUUCCUAACCAGCAACGAGACACAGACAGUCAUGGACGAUUUCCUGUCAGCAGACCUGGCUUGGAAUGUGGAGUCCCAUUUUAGUUCGGUGGAAACGCAAACCGGUGAAGAUCUCCUGUCUUUGUUUCGGCACUCGGACAAAGCCAUCAGCUGAGCUGUCUGCCAUUAUAGCUUGUCUGUUGCAGGUGUGUCGUAGGCAACAUUACGAAGGAGCUGUUUCUGAUGACUUGCACAAAGGUGGAUGAUUUGGGCCAGCAGAUGGAGUUCUCCCAAACGCUCAUCACCAUAAAGGGCUCAGUUUGGAAGGCACUUGUGGCAGUUGAGCUCACUUGUAGUUAUUCAGCAUCUUGAGUCAUUCCGCUGCAAAUAGUCUCAAAGCUUAAAGAGCUUUCAGUAGCCCUAUUCAGACGGGAUUAGGUUUACAUAUAGACCUGAAUUAAUUUCAUCAUUUGUAUUUGCAUCAUUUGCCCCUCUCCUUUUAUUUCCAGAUCUGUCUCGGUAGUAUUUUUCUCAUGAAAAUUACAGACCAACUCUGAGGUCGACUGGUCAUUUUAGUCUGAUCUAGAAAGUUGUUUGGUGACUUUGUGACGUGUUGGCAUCUUCUGUUGGAAUUUUUUUUUUUUUUUUUUUUGGGGUCCACUGCUACUCACCAUAUUUAGUCAUCUAGUCUGCGUAUCUUCUUCCUGAAAUGUGAAAACAUGUAUCCUCUCUCAACAACAGAGUGCAUUAGCAAGAGAAAUAAAAUAAAAUAAAUUAGAAGAGCAUGAUCCUAAUUUAAAGGUUGAUUAAAGGAGCUGUUAUAAUGUCAGUUACUGUAUUAAACAACUUUAUAUACGUAUAUUACACAAUAUCAUGCAAAUUUAGUUUUCUAAUAGUGGUGUGAAUCUCCCUCUUUCCCUCAGCACCGAUUCGAUUUGAUUGAGGUCUGAUCCAGUCUGAUUCAGUUUGAAAUUAAACUGUAAUUUUUCUUCAGGAAAGAGGAAUUCUUGGUUAUAUUUUGUUUUAUUAACUUUGAGAGAGGGGCUAAAGGAGCAACCGGUGAGGGAGAAUAACAUAAUUGAUGAUAGGAAUUAGCUUGUUUUGUAUACGUUCCACAACGUGAAGUGUAACAAUAAACAGAUAAAAAGUAGGACCUGUAAUUCUUUAAUCCCAUCACCCCAUCUAUAGUCAAUGAGAACACCCGUGAAACAAUCUUUUACUUUUGCUCUAAAAGAAAUUGGAGCCAUGAACCGGGGAGUUUGCAUCAAAUUUCAGUAGCAGGAUGGGAUCAUUUGACCAUGAGUGCGCCAAACGAUCCAGUUUCAUAGACAAAACAACCUGCAGAAACUCGUCCCUCCUGCGUUCACGUAAUAUCCACCUGGGCACAAGUGGAGACACGUAAAGAUGUCACUGCAGACGUCACUGCAGACAUCCCUCAGAGAAACUAACCCAGUCUAAAUAGGGCUUUUAGCUGCACUUUAUCAUUUCAUGGCCGUCAUUUGACUGCUCCUUAACGUGUUUACUUUUAUUUGCACAUUUGUUGAAAAUGGUCUGUUUUUAUUUCCGUUAGAACAGAUUAUAUCAUUUUCGGUGAUGAUGAUAGUGCUACUAUGUAGUCGUAAAUUUACAGUGUGGCACAAGUCUAAAAUUAUUGACUAGAAAUGAUGUGUGUUCAUCUUAUAAUCAGAUUUCUUGUGAAAUUUGUAUAUUUUCUUGUUUGGCUGCACUGUAAGGAUAUUUUUGUGUUGUACUUAAUUUUUUCUUUGUUGUUGUUACGUUUAAGUUAGUGUCUAAUUGUUAAACAGAUGUCUGUUACUGUAUUUAAACAAUUUUGUUUCAUACAGAUAUUUUUGCUCUGGCUACAGCAGUAUAUUAUCUUGUAUGGCUCAUAAAGCAACCGGUUUAAAUUAUUCUAAUGUAUGCAUAUUUAUGCAUGUCGCAAAUAUCAGUGACCUUUAACAAUUGAGCUCACUACGCUAUUAUUACGAUGAUUUGCAUUCUGUACUGUGAGUGAUUUAACAUGCAAAUCGCAGUUGUUUACAGCAAGACGGAACCUUUAACGAAAUAUAUUCACUGGAAGCAUGUAACAUUUCUCAGAAUGUAGAUGUUUUCACUUUAAGCACUACAUGCGAUCCAUGAUUAGCUUUUGUGUUGGUGCCUUAAUUUAAGUGGUAAAUAUAAACUCAUUUGAUGUAAAGUUACAGCGAACAUCGCUGUUUUAUUUUAAAGAGCUAGUGUUCCUUUCUCUUUCUUCUGUUCUUUCCAUUUUUCUCUUUCUGAACACGUUCAAGUGUAUUUAUUUCCAUGUUUAUUCAUCAUAUUGCACGCCAUAUUCUUUGCCUGCCAUUGCCUCGGCUUAUUUCAGUAUUUAUAACGUAACGUGUUAUACUCUGCCUGCUUUUGGUUUGUCAUUUAUUUAUAUUUCUAAAUCCAGCUUUCCACAAGCAACAGAAUGUAAAUGACACUGUGUUGCAUUGUAACCAAAAGGUUUUCUUUUUGUUUCAGUGCUCAGCCAAGGCCGACAUUUGCAUCCAGCCACUAUAUACGCUAGCAGGAACGAACAAAAGUAUAUCGCUGUAGAUUACUUGAAAUUGUCAGCAUACACUCUUGGUUUUCAGUAGAGCGUGCAUGCAGUCCUUUUUGUGCCAAGAACAUGUCCUGAGUUCAAUUACAUUUGUUUUUGUUUUGUUUUUUUCUUUGUUUUUUUUGUUCUUUAUCGUUUCUAAUAUUAAAAACAUGUCUGAAGUUGGUCAUGUGCAUUCUUUAGGGUUUGAUGUAUAAGAUGAACCCUGUGUUGUUUUGUUGUUUAGGCUAGGCUGCAGCAGAUGCUCAAAAUAAAAUACUGUCAAAAGAAA